CUCACGCUGCUCCAUGUACCAGGUGCUGAUUUGGAUUCUCGCUGUCACGGCGAAUUCCGUCGGGACGGCGGCAGCCCCAAUCUACGAGUCAUGGCCAGCGACGACCUUCUUUUCGUCAACUCAUCGUCCCCUCGAGCCACCGGAUUUUCCAGAAAAGUUUCUGUGUCAUCUUGAAGACCCACAGAUGGCCAGGCAUCGAGGGACGUUUCCGGAUCCGCUGCACCGUUGCCAUAAUAGGGAGCUACUUCGCCUUCAGCCGCUGGGGCACGACACUCUUUUCGGCCCAUACUCAAGCUGCUCCAUGUACCAGGUGCUGAUUUGGAUUCUCGCUGUCACGGCGAAUUCCGUCGGGACGGCGGCAGCCCCAAUCUACGAGUCAUGGCCAGCGACGACCUUCUUUUCGUCAACUCAUCGUCCCCUCGAGCCACCGGAUUUUCCAGAAAAGUUUCUGUGUCAUCUUGAAGACCGACAGAUGGCCAGGCAUCGAGGGACGUUUCCGGAUCCGCUGCACCGUUGCCAUAAAAGGGAGCUACUUCGCCUUCAGCCGCUGGGGCACUACACUCUUUUCGGCCCAUACUCACGCUGCUCCAUGUACCAGGUUAGUUAUUUAAAUCAUUCAAAAUGUUGCCGAACGAGCAAUGUAAUGCUUCUCAGAGUGUCGUGCCCAAUCGACAAACGUGUGCUUUGUAGAUACAUGCAUUUUGCUGGCUCUUGGGUGAUUGCUACAUUGAUGUCUUUGUGCUGUGAACUAUCGUUUUCGUUUUUUGAGACCUUGUUGCUUUUGUCGGGUGACGUGGAGCUAAACCCCGGUCCCAUGACUAAGGCACAGAUUGAACAGCUUGGGAAAAUUGAGACCAUUUUGUUGGAAUUGCAAUCUGGUCAAAUGACUGUUUUGGGAAAGUUAGCUGGUAUUGAGGCAAAACAAGCUGAUCUUGAGAGGAAGUUUGAUACCAUAAGCUUGAAAACUAAUGAUAUUGAAAAACGUGUUUUGCAGAUUGAAGGAAGUGGCAGGAAAUUAGAAGCAAAAUUAGGUGAUCUUGAAAACAGAAGCAGGAGGACAAAUUUGGUAUUUUUCGGAGUUCCCGACAACUCUCGCAGUGAAACGUGGGAAGAAUUGGAAAGGCUGAUCACAAAAAUCUGCAAAGACGUGUUAUCGCUCGAUGUUUUAAUUGAAAGAGCCCACCGAUUGGGGAAACACAAAGAUGGGAAAAACAGACCAAUUGUAGUCAACUUCCCGGGUUGGAAGGUCAAAGAGUCUGUGUUGCGAAGUGCUUUUAAAUUCAAGAAUACUUCAUUCAGUGUCUCCGAGGAUUUUAGUCUUGCAGUCCAAGAAAAGAGGCGUCAACUUUGGAAUUAUGCGAAGGAGAAAAAACAGAACAGAGAGAACAAGGUUCAUUUAAACCACGAUAAACUGGUUAUCAAUGGACAGACGUUUAUCUGGGACAGCGAAACGAGACAACCUGUUUUAUAUCGGGCGCCUGGCCAACCAAGAGAACACGAAUGA